AUGAAAGUCGGACCGGUAAGAGAUUAUUCGUGGGUAAUCGAGGAAAUCUUAGAACCGGAUUAUAACCAAUUUUGCAUGAAGGAAAUAGUGGAGAGCCUUAUUGAAGAAAAGACACGCCUUACUGAUGUUCCGCACGAACAAUUAACGGCAGCACGUGGAAAAUCAAAUCCAUAUGAGAAAGUUGGUGAUUCAAUUUUCAUGAAUCGGGCUGCAAUGAAACUAGCCUGCCUAGAUGCGCAAGUAGGUCUCACUGGAAUUAAGAGAUACGAUCCGGUCAAAGAUUUGACCUAUGCGGUGGACCAGGAGGGUUCACAGAAUAUUUGUUGUGGAGGAAAAAUUCGUUGGGAGAACGAAUUUUUGGAUGGGGGAUCACAUUGGCUGGAGAACAAGAUUACGAUCUCAAAAGAUUUCAUCCUGAUGCUAUGGUCGAACGUUGUUUUGAGCGAGUUUACG